GCUCGCCCUGGCUUGUAGGCGCGAGGCCUUCGCCCAGCUCUGCGGCAGCAUGGACCUGCAGGUCGGGAGUAACCAGGGCAUGCACAUGCUCAUUGUGCACCGCCUUGAGCGCCGCCUGCGGCUUUUAGACAUCAACCAAUUGGUUGAUGGCCUGAAUGGUUUGCAUCAGGCGGGCUACCAGGCAAUAAACCUGGGCCACUCCGCAUUUCAUGCGGAUGAACUCCUUCCGCGAUCUAAAUGCCCACCGUUCCGGCUUGGCCACAAGAUCGCGGCGGCGACUCUCAGGCUCGCCGUUCCUCAGUGGUUGUCGAGCACAAUCCCUUCCAGUGAGGACAAGGCCCACCGGGUUUAUGAAGCAAUGAUUGCAUUCACCUGGGUUGCAGAAGGACUUACAAUGGAAGGAUUCACCGAGCACAACUCGAGGAUUCUUCUUGCCAUAUCCGGCGACCUGGCGGAGUUGCCGUAUCCACCGCCUUUGGUUUGGAGCGUCGAAGGCCUGGUGGAACGGCUUAUGCCUCCAUGCCCUGUCCCGCAGCCAACGCUGCAAUGGGACCCAAGCCCUGUGCAGCAGGUCCACCUCGACGAGCUGGACUGA